AAGAUAUACUAUUUUUCGGACUUCAAUUUUUUUUUUUUUUUUCACGUCCAUUCAUCUCAAGGUCGAAAUUUUGAGUUGAAGGAUUCUCCUAUGCCAAAACACUCUCCACUGUAGGUUUGGAUUUUUGAGGUGCACCUUACUGCCCCUUAUAUAAACUUUUUCCACCAUCGAGGUGAAGUAUACACCAUGGUCCAUGUUUUGCAUGGUGAUGUUGGAGUAGAGGAGCGCUCAAAGCUAAGCCAAUACGAGGAGUUGGGUUUGUGGUGAAAGAUGGGAGUCCAAGGAUGGGCAAUCUCAACAUCCUCUUCAUUCCCACACUACCAAAACCUCACUCCCCAUUUUCUGAAUUCAUUCUCAAAAACCCAACCUACUUCUUCUCAUCCCAUGGUCAUGGUUGUUACUCAGCAGCAUCAUGUCUCAAUGAGAGUCAUGGUUAGCAAGAGGGACAUAUUCAUGGCCACGACGUUUUUCCCUCUCUUCCCCUCUCCUCUUUCCAGUGCCACACCCACACAACAGCAGAGACAGAAAGACAAAGGAUUGACAGAGGGAGAAUUGGAGAGGUACACGGAUGCGAAGGAGAGGUUCACCUUGCUCAAGCCCUCCUCAUGGAUCAAGGUGGAGAAGGCAGGAGCUGCUGCUCUCUUCGAAGAUCCAGUCGCAAAGGGCGACAACAUUGGGGUGGUGGUGAAUCCUGUCCGCAUAGCUUCUCUUAAAGAAUUUGGAAGCCCCCAAGAUGUUGCCCUCAAGCUCAUCCAAGCUGAAAAAAGAAAGGAGAGCACAAAAGAUGCACAGUUGAUUCGUGUGGGGGAGAGAGAGGGUGAUGGGGGUUUGGAUGUGUACGAGAUGGAAUACAAAGUGGACAGCACCAGAGGUGGGUUGAAGAGGAUAUUAUCUGCUGCAUUUGUUGCAUCAAGAAAGCUCUAUCUCCUCAACAUUGCCUACUCUGAUUCACCUGAAAAUCCUCUUGAUCCCCUCACCACUUCUCUUUUGGAACAAGUCCUUCAAUCCUUUGAUUCACUCAAUUGAAAAGCAUUUUAUUCAUCGUCA